AUGGGCCUAAAUACUACUUUCACCAAACACCAACACAGACAGAGCGACGACCUCCUGGCAUUAGGCUGCGUAUCUCAAUGUCACGAUCAGCCAUCACCAAAGGCCACAAAGGGGAACGAUUAUACUUUACGCCUAGACCAAAUAAAAACUAACAACAGCGACGACAACAUCGAUGGGGAUGGGCCUUGGUCAAACAAUACCAUCGAUGUCGCGAAUUCAUUAUCUUCGUCGUCUUCUGUGUAUUCUGCGUCGGAGGAACCAAAUAACAGUACGGAAUGUACGGUCAAGAUCGCCACGGAUAGUGAGACAAGUGCACGUAGUAGUAGCAUCGUUUCACGAAACCAGGAGAGCGUCAGGAGUAUUGCUAGUUCUGUUGGGGUUACGAGCGUGAGCAGCCAUUACAGCCAGAAAUGCAAUCAGGAGGAAGAGCAGCAGAAACAGAAGCGGAAAAGUGAUGAGUUGAAGCAUACGCUAAGUUUUUCUUCAUUGCGGAAGAUAAAGAGCCUUGAGAAAAUCCCAUUCAAAAUGGAGAGUGCGCUGAUGGCCUUCAGGUGGCUAUGUCGAAAGUCCGAUGAACUUAUUCAGAGAGGCGAUAUCGAAACAGAUGAUCAUCAAAUUCAAAAGUUGCAAGAAAUAACCCCUGACCUCGGAGCGAUAAUCGUCCAGAGAAUGGAAAGACUAGAAGAGAAAAUAGACAUACUCUUCUCUACCACCUCAAAGUCGACACGAAGCACUAUAGAUGAGAGUAGCAGCACGUAUCAGUCGAUACUCGAUCCAGACGCCGACACCCCUGUCGAACAACCCUUAUACAAGACCUACAACCAAACACCCCUCCAAGCCCAAAAAAAAGAACAUACAGAGACCAUACAACAAACCGAAUUUAAAAUCCUCACAGCCGAAAUCAACCACCUCAUCAAAUCCAACAACAACCUCUCUUCCUGCAUCGACGCUCUAGGCUCAUCAGGUCUGAUCGAUUUACUCGAAAUGCUGAGUUGUUCAUUGGAACGCCUCCAUUCUGCGAUUAAUUCUUUACGUGAGCGGCAGCAACAACAACAAAAUCUAGACAGUAUCAAUAACGAGGAAGGAGACAACCAGCUCAGAUUACAAAUAGACAUCAUCCAAAGCCUAGGAUUUCUCCUUGGUCAAAGGGAAGAGCAACUGAGACAUGAACGAAAACUCAAUCAGAGCUAUAGGGAAAAUAUUGAAGGAUUGGAAGGCAUGAUUUCUGCAUUGGAGGUGGAGUGGAAAAAGGUUAGCCCUUUUAUAUCGAAUUCGGAGUGCAUGACGGAUUGUAUUGGGAGAUUGAAAAGGGGAACCAUCGUUCGUACUUAG